AUGCCCGGUAUCACUGUCAAGGACGUCAACGCCCACGAUUUCAUCAAGGCUUAUGCUGCCUACUUGAAGCGCACUGGCAAGCUCGAAGUCCCCAAGUGGGUUGAUAUUGUCAAGACCGGUACCUUUAAGGAAUUGGCUCCCUACGAUCCUGACUGGUACUUUGUUCGUGCUGCCUCGGUCGCCCGCCACAUCUACAUCCGCAAGAGCGUUGGUGUUGGUGCUUUGAACAAGGUCCACGGUGGCCGUGUCAACCGCGGUAGCCGUCCUUCGCACCACGUCAAUGCCUCGGGUUCCGUCAACCGCAAGGUUCUCCAGUCCCUCGAGAAGAUUGGUGUCUUGGAGCAGGACAAGAAGGGGUAAAUAUAUGAUUUGACAUUCAAGGAUAAGCAUAUGUGAGAGCGAGAGAGAGAAAGAGAGAGAGAGAGUUUUUAACUUUUAGUGGCAAAUUCAAUAGUGGUCGCCGUAUCACUCAGGAUGGUCAGCGUGAUUUGGACCGUAUCGC